AUGUCUGCGUACUCGUCGAGUUACUCGAGUUCAAGUGGCAGCACCGCGUCGACGUCGGCUUCCUCGCUGUGCUGCGACUCGCCCGGUUUUGCCGGCCCAAUGAGCCCGCUUCAACGGCUCGACUCACUCGGGCAGUCCUUUUCGGGAUUAUCUUUGACGAGCUUACCCGGCACGUCGAGCGCAGCGGUGGCCGAACGACAACAAUGGUGGAACCAGCACACACAAAUAAACGAGUUAACGCACAAGCUCGUGCAGGCCAGACGUGAGAACGAGACGAUGCAACGUGCCUGGAGCGCCCGGUGCCAGACCCUCGAAGAGGAGGUCGCGCGUCUCGUUAGGAUCAAUCUCGAAAUGGAGGGCCAGAUCGCGUUUGCUCGGUCACCAGGAUCCACAGUGGGUUCUCUUUUGCAAUUGCUCGGGAAAAAAUCAACUGAAACCUGACUUCUGACCGUUGGACCCACCGCCACCGCCGCAGAUCUCGUCGUCAUUCAACCCGUUCGACGAACCACCCGAGCCGUCGAGUUCGAGCUCGCGACGAGCAUGGAGUACGACGACUGUCGAGCGACGGUCAGAGAGCCCAGCACGAUCCAAAACACCCGAGAUCGACCCCAAAAAAUACAUGUCCAAGCAGUCCCCCCCGCCGUGCAAUAGCCACUACUUGAAUGGGAGUUGCAGUGUACCGCGAUGCAAGGUCAGUUGGCGGUCCGCGACGGUUGGUAAUCGCCCGGUCGGCCAUCUCGCCGCCGCGUGUGCAAACCCCGAUUGCUGAUCGACCUGAAUAUCCCUUGCGUUCAUCUCUUGCCCAAGUUUUCACACCUGUACAAGCUUACACCCGCCCAAGUCGAAGAGAUGCGACGGGGUGCUAAGGUGAGAAAAGAAAAGAAGGGUCUGGCUUCGCACGAGACGCCUCGCGGCCUUCUCGGCCGGGUCGGAUGACCCCUGAUGAGCUCGUCCACGAUCGAUCGACUGACCCGCUGCAACGCUCCCUCUCGCUCGACAUAGUUCCACCUCUGCAACGCACUCAAGAACGGUGUCACCUGCGAGGAUCCUACGUGCUGCUAUGGUCACUGCUGCCCCCGUGGCUCAGUACGUCAUCUUUCGAUCUUUCGAGGUUCCUCGCUCUGGCCAGGGCCCGGCCUCAAGCCCGGUGGAAGGUUCAAGGUUUAGCCAGCGGGGGCAUGCUUCCUGGGGACUGACGAACUUCGCCCUGUCUCUUCGCAACCUGCAGGCAUGCGGAAGGACGAACUGCGCCUUCAACGACGAACAACAUCGCCUUCCACCAGCGGUCGUAUCGGCAUCACCGGCAAGAUCGGUCGGCGGGCGACGCCAUUAA